AUGGGUCGCAACCGCCGCACGGAGCAGCCACAGACCCCCAAGGACCCACAUCCGAGCUCCCAACAGGGACCGAUGGAUGGUUUCCUACAAUCCCCACGCGGGGCCGCCGGCAGGAACGAGAACCCGGGCCUAACACCGCAGUCGCUGCGGUCCCCUACCUCGAUGGGGGGAGGUGAAUCCUCCACCCUGGACCGCAUAAGCGAGGAGCUGAGGGCCAUGACGGCUGCCAUGGCCAUGAAAGCCGACCUGCUCACCCUCACCACCACGAUCCAAGAUGCCCUGAGAGCGGAAAUGGCCGGGAUCAGGACAGAG